GGGAGAGAAUGGCGGGCCCCGCGCCGGCAGCCAUCAUGGACAAGGACUACUUCGGGACCGUGGCCGAGUGGGGCGAUAAGGCAGACGGCGGCCGGCAAGAGGAUGAUUCAGGAGAAGGAGAGGAUGAUGCUGAGGUCCAGCAAGAAUGCCUGCAUAAGUUUUCUACCCGGGAUUAUAUCAUGGAGCCCUCCAUCUUCAACACUCUGAAGAGGUAUUUUCAGGCAGGAGGGUCUCCAGAGAAUGUUAUCCAGCUCUUAUCCGAGAACUACACUGCUGUGGCCCAGACUGUGAACCUGCUGGCCGAGUGGCUUAUUCAGACAGGUGUUGAGCCAGUGCAGGUUCAGGAAACUGUCGAAAAUCACUUGAAAAGUUUAUUGAUCAAACAUUUUGACCCCGGCAAAGCAGAUUCUAUUUUUACUGAAGAGGGAGAGACUCCAGCCUGGCUUGAACAAAUGAUCGCUCAUACUAUGUGGAGAGAUCUUUUUUAUAAACUGGCUGAAGCCCAUCCAGACUGUUUGAUGCUUAACUUUACUGUGAAGCUAAUUUUUGAUGCAGGGUACCAAGGGGAGAUAACCAGCAUGUCCACAGCAUGCCAGCAGCUGAAAGUGUUUUCUAGAGUACUUCGGACCUCUCUAGCUACAAUUUUAGAUGGAGGAGAAGAAAACCUGGAAAAAAAUCUCCCUGAGUUUGCUAAGAUGGUGUGUCAUGGGGAGCACACGUACCUGUUUGCCCAGGCCAUGAUGUCUGUGCUGGCCCAGGAGGAGCAGGGGGGCUCUGCCAUGCGCAGGACUGCUCAGGAGGUGCAGCGCUUUGCACAGGAAAAAGGUCACGAUGCCAGUCAGAUCACACUAGCCUUAGGCACAGCCGCCUCCUACCCCCGGGUCUGUCAGGCCCUCGGGGCCAUGUUAUCCAAAGGGGCCCUGAACCCUGCUGACAUCACUGUGCUCUUCAAGAUGUUCACAAGCAUGGACCCUCCCCCUGUGGAACUGAUCCGGGUGCCAGCCUUCCUAGACCUGUUCAUGCAGUCACUCUUUAAACCAGGGGCUAGGAUUAACCAGGACCACAAGCACAAAUACAUCCACAUCUUGGCUUACGCAGCAAGUGUGGUUGAGACCUGGAAAAAGAACAAGCGAGUGAGCAUCAAUAAAGAUGAGCUGAAGUCAACAUCAAAAGCUGUUGAAACUGUUCACAAUUUGUGUUGCAAUGAGAACAAAGGGGCCUCCGAACUAGUGGCAGAAUUGAGUACACUUUACCAGUGUAUUAGGUUUCCAGUGGUGGCAAUGGGUGUGCUGAAAUGGGUCGACUGGACUGUAUCGGAGCCAAGGUACUUCCAGCUGCAGACGGACCACACACCAGUGCACCUGGCGCUGCUGGACGAGAUCAGCACCUGCCACCAGCUCCUGCAUCCCCAGGUCCUCCAGCUGCUUGUUAAGCUCUUUGAGACUUAGCACUCCCAGCUGGACGUGAUGGAGCAGCUAGAGUUGAAGAAGACCCUGCUGGACAGGAUGGUUCACCUGCUGAGUCGAGGUGCUGGAUGUUAUCGCUCCUCCCUCCACCUCUGACUUUCUACAGCUUUUCCUCCCGAUCUUGGAAAAUGAUAGCAUUGCAGGCACCAUUAAGACAGAAGGUGAACACGACCCUGUGACAGAAUUCAUAGCUCAAUGCAAAUCUAACUUCAUCAUGAUGAACUAAUUUGGAGCAUCCUGCCAAGCUGAAGCAGAACAUUCCAGAUGAGUGUGGAAAAACCUUUCCCAGAAGCUGUUGUUUUAACAGUCAGCAUCUUGGAAAUGGGUUCUGCUGGGAGGAGGCGGGUAGCUGUUUUAAAAAGGACAGUUUUAGCAUCAUAAGGGAGAAAGCUGCUACUAUGAGCAGCCUCUCUGUGUAAGCCCAGUACUGCCCCUGAAUCUUGUUGGAGGAACUGGGCUCUGUGACCUCUCAGGGUGGACCCAGCUGGUGGGAACUCAGAAACUGACACCUUCUGCCAAACCACUUUCAAAGGUGACCUGAGUUUUCUCACAAGAAUCUGUUAGUUGGUUCCAUUAUUAUUUUAAUUUGCUAAGAACAAUAAAUUUUUAAAAGGCUAAAAA